UAGGCUUACUCAGCUGCCUGGGCCCCUGUCCUCUGGUCUUCUGGCUCCAGAGCUUGUGUUUGGGGUCUGAGCUUUCUGUUUCCAGGCUGCCACAGGAUGUUGUGGCUGCUGCUCUUGACCCUUCCCUGCCUGGGAGGCUCCAUCCCCACAACCCCUGACCCUCACCCACAACAGGAGCUGGCAGGCAUCGUGGGCGGCUGCCCUGUCUCAGCCAGGAGGUUUCCCUGGCAGGUCAGCCUGCAGUUCUACAGCCAGCGCAGCCACCGGUGGGAGCACAUCUGCGGGGCCUCGCUCAUCCACCCACAGUGGGUGCUGACUGCCGCCCACUGUCUUGAGCCGGAGGAGCUGGAGGCCUGUGCCUUCAGGGUGCAGGUUGGGCAGCUGAGGCUCUAUGAGGAUAACCGGCUGGUGAAGGUGGCUAGGAUCAUCCGUCACCCCAAGUACAAUGAGAGCCUGUCAGCCUGGGGAGGCGGGAACAUCGCCCUGCUGAGACUGGAGGCCUCUGUGGCACUGUCAGAGCACAUCUACCCGGUCUCCCUCCCUGAGGCCUCCCGGAAUGUUUCCUCAAGGAAGUCCUGCUGGGUGACUGGCUGGGGUAACAUCAGAGUUGGAGAGUCCCUGCCCCCACCUUACCACCUACGAGCAGUGUCGGUCCCCAUUGUGGAGAACGAGGCCUGUAACCGAAAGUACCAGAACUCUUCCUGGGAUAGUGCCAGUGAGGUCAUCAAGGAUGAUAUGCUGUGUGCUGGGCAGGAGGGCCGUGAUUCCUGCCAGGGCGACUCUGGGGGUCCCCUUGUCUGCACAUGGAACUGCACCUGGGUGCAGGUAGGCAUAGUGAGCUGGGGUUCCAGCUGUGGCAAUCGUGAUUUCCCUGGGGUGUAUACCCGUGUGAUGAGCUAUGUAUCCUGGAUCCAUCACUAUGUUCCCCUGUUCCCUGGGCCCUAGAUGGGGCAUGAAUGUGGUCUUCCUGGUGGAGGAGCCCCAGUCUUCCUUUUGACACUUCUUGCCCUUCCCCUGAAUCCAGCCUUAUCCCCCAAAUGUCUUCAUCUUCAGAUGAAGUGGGUUGCCCUUGCCCUCCUACGCUGAGUUCCCUGGGCCUCUCUGAUCUCUGGGAGGGAGGGCUGUGAGGCAGUGUCUCUGGGAAUUGGGGUAGGAGUGGGAUGUGUGGUCAGACCUCCUGCUCACCUGUUUCCCAUUAA